UGUCGCUCGCUCCCCUGUUCCCCAAUCUCUCGUCGACGGUGGCGGCUGCCCAAAUACGCAGAUCCGGUGCUUCCGUGGUGGACGACGGCUACUCCGACGGCACCUGCUCCCUGCCUCCUCCCACCCUACUCCGGCAUCCAGGUCGCUUGGCUCCGUCCCCAGGCCACCCCAACAUCGUGUUGCGCAUCCUCGUCAGCGAACGCGCCGCCGCCGCCACCGGCCACCCGCCACGGCUCCUCCUCCCUGGUGGCCGCAGGCGCCCCGCCAGCUCAGCUGCACGUCCCUACACCCGGAGGCAAGCUAGCAGUGGUCUAGUCCAGGAUUGCUGCUCCCCGUUGCUCCUAGAUCCAGCAAUAGCUCACCGGAGGCAAGCCGGCGGUGGUGCUCGAUCUCCUCGCCUCCUGGGCCUCGCAGGAUUAGCAACAAGCAGGCUGACUACUGUACCAGCAAAGCCAGCUGAUUCCUUCCCCAAUUCCGGCCGCUCGAAAAAUGGCGGAGAUCGCCGGCGACGAGACCCCGCCGCUACCUUCGUCUUCCGGCGCCGAGGAGUCCUCUCUCCUCUCGUCCCCUCCCUCGCCUACCGCCAUCAGCGGGGACGAGCCGCCGCCGCGCACGAGGAAGCCCGGCACGAAGCGCCUCGUCCUCACCGCCUCAGUCCUCCUCUCCUUCCUCGUCGGACUGCCCUUGCUGCUCAAAUCCACCGAGAUCCACCGGUCGCCGCUGCCCUCCGACGCAAUCGCCGACCUGUCCCGCCGCCUCCAGUCGCACCCUCCAUCCUUCCCCUGCGGUCUCCACGCGGUGUUCCUCCGCUCCGGCCCUGGCUCCCCCGUCGCCUCCCUUGCCGACCAGCUCGAGCGGGCAAUCUCGACCCAGCACCACCUCCUCCCCGCGUCUUCUACUGCUGGGAACAUCUCAGUGUCAGUCACCAUCCAGUCGGGCGGUGGCUGCACCAGCAGCACGGCUGCUGCUUCGCCUUGGCGAUGUGGGUUGUUGACCGCUGCGGACUCGGUCCGUGAUGACGAGGUGUUCGAUGAAUUGCUGCACUCCGCAUUGGGUGGUCGUGAUGGGGAUGGGAUGAAGGUUUACACUAUUGUCAUUGCUGAGGAUGAUGAUGGGAAGGGGACGAGGGUUGUGAUCGGAAAGCACCGUCAUGCUUGGGUUGUUGGGAAGGUUGAUGAGGCCGAGGCUCUGUCACUUAUUGGCAACGUGUUCAUCAAGUAUUUCAUGAAUGGCGGUAUUGAAGAGGGUGAGACAGGCAUUGGGAAAGGAGAGUUCAUGCCAGUUGGUUCAGAUGGGAAUGUUGUUCUUUCAUUCAGCUUGUUGAAUGCUGAUCCAAAUGAUUGGGUCUAUGAUUGGGAGUUCAAAAAUAUUGGCGAGAGAAUCCUUACUCCUGUGGUUGAGGCCCUGCGACCAGUUGCUGAUAUCAAUAUAGAGAGUCAGGUUCUCUACCACACUCCGAAGUCAUCCUAUUCUUAUUCUGACGAUAAAUUGGGUGGCAAUGUCCUUAGUAUGGGAGACAUUCCUUUCUUUGUAAACUCAAAUGAGUGGCACUUGGAUACAUCGAUCUCAGCUACAGGACGAUCAAAAGUUCUUCAGUUUGUGGUGUAUAUUCCAUCUGCAAGGGAAUGCCCUUUGUAUUUGCAGCUUCCAGAUGGGGAGCUUUCGAAAACUAAUGCAUUUAUUUCCCCAAUGUGGGGAGGUGUUGUUAUUUGGAACCCACCAGGCUGUUCAGUUGGUUCAAAGAAGGCGCAUGGGACUCGGAGACAAAUGUCAUCACAGGAACUUAUGGAGACUCUGGAAAUCUUCAUUGGGCAGCUAAGACAGUUAUUUGGUCUAAAACCAAACUAUCAUGCACAAGGCAUGGAUGUGGCAACUAAAUUCCUAGUUAGUGAAAAGGGGUUUGCGCAAUGGGAAUUGGAUUUACUAUACAGACAUCAUGCAUGUUCCAACCUUUUGUCAUGUGUCGCCACCUUGGAAUCUCUUUCCAGCUUGGUCCAGUCGCUCCCAAGAAUGAUUGUUAUGGAUGAAAUUGGGAGGCAGGUAGAGCUUUCGCUUGAAGCCGCAAGCUUAGCUCAAAGGAACGCCACACUUGGAAUAGGUGACUCUUCUGCAGUGUCUGCAACGAGAGCGAGGGCUUUGGCCGAGGACGCAUUUUUCCAUCCGUCCAUUAUGUCAAUCAGUUAUGCUUCCGUGGAGCACUACUUCGCCAUUUACAUGCCAUUCUUUGCGCCAGUGUGUUUGCAUGUGCUGCUGGCGGCGAUCAAAGAGCUGAAACGGUACAAGGUGGAGCGGGCCAAGUACUCGGCGUUCCUCCUCGCUUCCCAGUCCCGGGCGACGACUUCCUCCUGAUCGAUCCAUCCAUCCAUCAAACAAUCCAUCAUCGGUGACAGGCUGCAAAGCAUUGCUGACUGCUCCGCGCUUGGCAUCGUCAUCCAUCGUCCCACGGAGUCUGACAGGUGACCGAAGGCAGUAGAUAAUGAUGAUCUGUAGUGGCAUCCUAGGCAGACGAGUAGGGCUUGCGCGCAUGUAAAUCUGUAUAACUUGCAAGUAUACGGUGGAUUUUGCUUGCUUAUAGUCCGGGCUGAGGACCCACAUUUUUGUUCGUAAAAGAAGACUUGCCCUCUCACAUGAAGAAAUCCGUGUCAAUUUCCAA